UCCCAGCCCGAUGACAGCCACCUGCCCGUCUUUAAGAAAAGCUGCCCUUUGGGAGUGGAGGCAGAGGACUGCCAAAGCGCGGCCAAGGGCCGGCCCCACCCUUCUGAGCCCCACCUGGACUACGCCUUGGGCGGAGCCUUCCCCCUGUCUCCAUCCACUCCUCAUCACUCCCGCCUCGGCCUGCUGGGGACCCUGAUGGACAAGGCGUCCCCCUAUCCUCAGUACAUGGAGCUCCAGCGGGUGAGCUUCGAGAAGGAGCCUGGCGUGAUGGAAGUCGGGGUGGAAGAACCGGCCGCCCUGCUCAAAUACCCGGCCCGGGGGGUUCAAGUGUCCCCCAGGACUAGGAAGAUGGGAGAGCCUCAGCACGACCUGGACAGAGAUGGAGACGCUCUGGAUGCCCUUCCCAAUGGCUUUGCCUGUCUCCCUCCGGCGGAUGGCGACCUCUGCUCCUUGCCCGGCUUGCCGGACGCCACAAUCCUCAUCAGCAACGUCUGUAGCAUCGGAGGUCACGUGGCUGAGAAACUUUUCCAAGGGAGCCGGGACAGCGAGCGGCCGAUGGAUCCUUUGGCCGGCCGGGUGGAAGGCGAGGGCCGGCCGGUCGAGGUGGCUCCCGAAGAGGCCGAAGAGAGGCCAGCCGAGAACAUGGCUCAGCCUGGUCUGCUGCGGGAGGAACACAUCACGUGUGUGCACAGUAUCUUGGACAAGUUCCUGCAGGCGUACGGCAGCCUCAUCCCCAUCAGCGUGGACGAGGUGGUGGGGAAGCUAGAGGACAUCUUUCAGCAGGAAUUCUCCACCCUCCAGAGGUACGAUGUCCUCACCACACACACACACCACCAUUGCUACCCCAGGGAAGAAAAGCCCAGAAAAAACCAAGCUGCAAUUCCAG